GGGAAGACAAAAGGGAAGAAUUAGAUGACAAAAGCAAGAAGAAGACAAUGAAGAAAGGUGAUGAAAGGGAAGGUGAAGGUAAUGAAAAAGAAGGGAAAGUGACGAAAAGAAAGAUGAAAAAGAGUAAUAAAGGAGAAGACAAAAAGAAAAAAGCAAUAAAAGAAGAAAGAAAAAAAG